UCAGAGCAUGGACUUUACCAGUGACGAUAAAGAAUUCCGUAAUCUCUUUAAAGCAACAGACAAAAAUAGUGACGGAUUCAUUCAACCCGAAGAAUUGAGACAAGUAGAGGUCCUAGCUAGAGCACUCGCGGCAAAUUUUCUUCCCAAUAAGAAUUCAAUACAAGCCAUUACUAUGGAACAAGCCCCUGCUAUUGAAACCUCUCAAGAUCAACCAAAAGAAUUAACUCCUUUUUAUUACGAUGUGAAGAAACUUUUCAAAAUAAUUGACGUUAACAUGGAUGCCAAAAUUUCAUUUGAAGAGGCCGCCGAUUGGUUUUCAAAGGUGAAAAAUGAGACUAAAAGCGAUGCGCUGGGUGAUUUAGAAUUCAAUUUACUUUUCACUAAGGCUGACAAGAAUCAUGAUGGAUUUAUUGAAUUUGAGGAAAUGGAUAACGCGUUAAAACUGGUAUUUGAAAAUUAUACUGGUGAGAGUAAUGAAGAUGACAGUGAUGCCGAAGAGAACAUUUCCGAUGAAAAGGAGAACGUUUCUGAUAACAAAGAAUCUGUUUCUGAUACCAAGGAGAACAUUUCCGAUAAAAAGGCUUACGUUUCUAAUACCAAAGAAACCGUUUCAGAGGAUAAAGUUUCAGAUAACAAGGAAAACAUUCAUGAUAACAAAGGGAACAUUUCUGACAACAAUGCAAUUGUUUCAGAUAACAAGGAGAACGUUUCAGAUAAAACCAAAGAAACCGUUUCAAAGGAAGACGUUUAUGAUAACAAAGAAUCUGUUUCUGAUAACAAGGAGAACGUUAAUGAUAACAAAGAAUCCGUUUCUGAUACCAAGGAGAACGUUUCUGAUAACAAGGAUAGCGUCUCUGAUAAUAAAGAGAACGUCUCUGAUACCAAAAAUAUUACUGAGAGUAAGGAGAACGUUUCUGAUGACAAAGAAACCAUCUCUGCUAACAAGGAUAACGUUUCUGAUAACAAAGAACCCGUUCCAGAUAACAAGGAUAACGUUUCUGAUAAUAAAGAGAACGUUUCUGAUACCAAAAAUACUACUGAUAGUAAGGAGAACGUUUCUGAUAACAAAGAAAACAUUACUGAUAGCAAGGAUACCAUCUCUGAUAAUAAAGAUGGAGUUGCUACAGAUGAUAAAGUUUCUUCUGUUGCAAAAUCUGUUCAAGAAAGUAAAGAGAAAAUUGCUACGGAGAACCUCAAUACUGAUGAUAAAAUCGAGCGUAAGGAGAAUGAUGAACUUAAGGAGAAAUCUACUACUGAUGUCAACAAGAACACUGAUUCGAUCGUAAAGGAAAAUGCUUCUGUUGAAAAAGAUAAUUUGAAUACUCCUACCAUUAGCAAAGAAAAGGAUGUCAAUGAUACAGUUCCCUUGAAUGCUGCUUCUGAGAAUAUAGAAAAUGCUACAAACAAUGAGCCCGUCAAGGAAGAUAAAAGCAAAGAGAAUGCCAUUGAAAAUAUCAACAAGGAUACUGUUGUUGUGAAUGAAGUUAAAGAAGAUGGAGAAAUCCAUGAUAAUGAUAAGGGCUCUACUGAGAAGAGUAAAGAUAAUGCCUUGGUCAAUGAUAAUGGUGACAAAACAGUGGAAGUCAAAGAGAGCACUGAAAAGGAUAAUGCUGAGGAGAUGCAGAAGGGUAAAGAUAAUACCUCAGCUAUUGAAGAUGAUGGUGACAAAACUGUUGAAGUCGUAAAGAGCACUGAAAAGAAUAACGCAGAAGAAAUCCAGAAGGCUAAAGGUAAUUCCUCAGAGAUUCAGAAGAAUAAAGAUUCAGCUAUUGAAGAUGAUGGCGACAAAACUGUUGAAGUCAAAGAGAGCAUUGAAAAGGCUAGUGAUGAAGAAAUUCAUAAAGAUAAUUCCUCGUUUAUGGAAAAAGAGGGUGUUACAGAUGCCAAGGAAACCACUGAAAAGGAUAAUGUUGAAUCCACAACAAGUGAUAAUGUUCUCGCUACUGAUAAGGCAACAGAGAAUGGUCCAAAUGACGAUAAAUCAGUUGGUAAGGACCUAAACGAAGAAAUUGCAGAGAAGAACGUUGCCGAUAAAUCUGAAAACAAGGAGAAAGCUGAUAGUGUUGUGGAUGGAACAGACGGUAAAAACAAAGAUGAGAACAAGGGCAACGCCAAUAAUGACUCUUCCAUGUCAAAAGAUUCUGGAUCUGCUGAAGAAGAUAAAGAGAAUAUUGCCGAAACUAAAGAGAAUGCUUCUAAUUCUGUGAAUGAGACAGACUAUAAAAAGGAAGAUGAAAAGAAUGACAACGCCAUUCAUGACUCGUCUUCUAUGUUCAAAGAUUUUGGUUCUGCCGAAGAAGACAAAGAGAAUGAUGCUGACACCAAAGAAAAUGCUUCAACUGAUGACGCUGUUUUAGAAAAUGGCAAGAAGGAUGAGGCUCCUUCCGAUAAGGAGAAUGCAGUAAUUGAUCAUUGA